AUGUGGGAGAUUUGGAAAGCAAGGAAUGGAGUUGUUUUUGUCCAACAUGUUUUCAACCCUCAUGUCCUUUUCGUCACGGCGUUACAAGACAUGGAUGAGUGGUGUAAACAACAAGAAACUCGUGAGUUUGAAUCUAGGGAAGGAGUGCGAAACCUUGGAGCUACGGGGAGGUGCUGGCUUUCACCGGCCCUAGGUACUUUUAAAUGUAAUAUUCACUCGUCUUGGGUUAACGAUUCAUCUUUUUGUGGUGGAGCGUGGUUGAUAUGUAAUCAUAUCGGAGAUGUGUUAUAUCAUGCAAGAGAUGCAUUUUUCUCGUUUACUAAUAGAAUUGCAGCAGAGUUGAGGUGCAUUCUUUGGUGUCUUACAAGCUUACAUGACAUACACUUUGAUAUUUGUGAGCUGUGGUUGGAUCGUAAUGGAGCUUGGGAAGCUAUUACUUUUCCUUCUCAGUGGCCUAAGUACCGAGCCUUCUUAUACAAGAUUGAACAAGUGAUACGGGUGAUGCGAAAUGUUACUUUCCACCCUUCUUCAUCGAAAGCUAACAUGUUGGCUAGGGAGAUUGCUUGUAGUGUUACACGUGACGGAAGGCUUACGGCGUACAUGGCUCUAGGCGGUCCAACAUGGUUGCAGGAUCGCAUUGAAAGGGACAAACGUCGUGGUGGUUAA